UCUUAAUAUUAAGUUUGAAAUUCAUUCUAUUAAUUAUUGAAAAAUUGCGUUAUGAAAGUUAUCUUCAAGAAAAGAAGAAGAAAAAGAAGAACGAUGGAGUAGGACAACUUUUAUGCGUGAAAGUGGAGUACCCAAUUGAUUCGACAGAUAAGGUUCCUUUUUAAUUUCGAAAUAUCUUCAAGUGCUUUUCUCUAUUGAACGAGGUUCCAGUCAGAUUUUCUUCGAGUGCUUAAAAUUUGUUUUUUGUGAUAAUUAAGAAUAGCAUCAAGCUCCGAAGGUAAAUUUUAAACACUAUAUUUUGUGAACACUACAAUCAAUAGCAUAACAAUUGCUGUUAUACUCUGGUUAUCGUUAUUUCUUAUUUGAAUUUGCAGAAUGGAUUGAGAGAAAAGAGCAAAAACCAAUCCGAUGCAGUGGUCAACAUUUCUGGAUUUCGUUAAUCCAGAAAUAUUAACGAAAAAAUUUCAAGGAAUUAAUGGCAGGAAGACAUAUGAAGAAAAAUGGGCUGAAAUAGUGACUACAUUGAAUAGUAUGGGUUACCAAAAUAAACCUGUAGCAAAAUGGCAAAAGGCUGUUGCGGAUUGGAGGUCCAAAGUUAAAGGGAAGGCAGCAUCCAUCAAAAGGGGGUUGUCUCAAACAGGUAGAGGUGGACCUUCAUGUGUACUGAAUGAGAAUGAGUUGAGACUACUGGCCAUAAUAGGCACAAUAGCAGUUAUAGGUGUAACAGAGGUUGAAAGAGGAAUUGUGAGUAAAAAGAGGCAAAUCCAUAUAUUUUUUGUACCAUUAGAUCCAUUUCAUUCAUCCUUUGUUACUGAUUCAUAUACCAAAUAUUUAACCUCUUUUAUCGUAGGUCCAAGAAGAAAUACCGACAACUUCUUCAAAUGAAGAGAGGAAAAAUAUUUCAUUAUCGCCACCGCCACUUAUGCCUCUAUUGAUGAGUGGUUGUGGCGAGAAGAGAGAAUUAUUGGAGAAUGGGCCAAAAAAACCGUCAAGAAAAAUAGGACAAUGGAGAAAAAAAAACCACCAAACAAUAUAAGAAGUUUGCAAAAUCUACAUGUAGAAAGCUUGCAAGCCAUGAAAGAAAUUUCGAGACACAUUGGAUCACUGGCAGAGAGCAUUAAACUUCUGGCGGAAUCGAAUUUAAGCUUAGUGGAACAAAUGAAAAAAAGAGACAAUUCAUGAUUGUAUAUAUAAAUGAAAUAAAUUAUUUUUCCAUGUCUAAUUGUAUUUCUACCCCAAAUAUCUAUAGAUCUGUUUGUUGUGUUUGCAUGAAAUUUUAAGUGUACCUUUAAUCUCUUCACAUUCAUUUGUCGCUAUCGUUAAGCUUAGUCACAGAACAUCAAAUGAGAGUAGUUUAGACCAGAAAUCACUGAGUUAUGUUACACGAUCUACACUAGUGUACAAUAUUGUAUUUAGUGCAUACACAAGGAACAAACCUUAUAUCAUUCUUUUAUUGAUUCAAAAUUAUUUCAAAUGUGGUGGUAGCUGCAGUGAGAAUGACUCUACAUGGAGACAUUUUCCAUGUUUCGCGCACACUCUGAAUUUAAUUGUUCAGGACAGCCUCAAAUCCAUAGAACCACAAUUGAGGAAAGUUAAAACAAUUGUGGAAUAUUUUAAAAGAAGUAAUUGUACACUAGCAAGACUACGCUAAAUACAGAUCCAGUUGAAUUGUCCUGAACUUAAAUUGAAGCAGGACUGCCCAACAAGAUGGAACUCAACAUAUGAUAUGUUGUAAAGAAUCUUGUUAUUCAAGAAUGCAGUUGUCAGUACUCUCGCCAUAGGAAAUCCUGGAAUAAAUGCACUUCAAAUGAAUGAUUGGAAGAUAAUAAAAUAUUCAUUGAAUGUCUUGAAAAUAUUCGAUGAAAUUACGAAAGAGGUGAGUGCGGAAAAGUUUGUUACCUUCUCAAAAAUAAUAGUUUUCGUGCAGGCGAUCAGAGAUCAUAUUCAAGGAGUACAAUAUUCAGAAGUGAAUGAUAUUUCUGAAAUACGUCAACUUCUUCAAAAUAUUCAAAAUGGAAUAGACGAGAGAUUUAAGGAUGUCGAUUCCAACGAACUGUCAACACAGGCAACCUUUUUAGAUCCCAGAUUUAAAAGCUUCGGAUUCUCUGAAUCAAGAUACGAAUCAACAUUAAAACUGAUGACAGAAAAUAUUUCAGAUUACAAUGGAAACGAAGAAAGCACUUCCUGGGUACUCCAGUCAUACCCCAAUCUGCACCAACGCCUCAACAAGACCCUGAAAACCAGAGGCAAACGAUCGCCCCCAUCCACGGUCCGCAAGGCUUGGUCUACCAAAAGUUCUACCAAAGACCAGAUAUUCCCCAGCCACCAAGGACAUUGGAGGUACGACCUCCGAUGUAGAUCGCCAAUUCCAACCAGCACAGUGGCCACCACUGAACAAAUGUUGGACAGGUCGUGUGGCCACGGCCGAGCAGAACAAAUUCGAAAUAAUGGCGACCCCAAGGAGGCCCAAAUCCUCCUUGAAGCCAACAUUGAGAUGGAGGCGUUUGGUGUUCGAUGAGUCGGACCAUACACCUUAUCCGCUGAGGAGGAGUGCGAGAAAAAGGAGUUCAUCUGAUUCAUUGAAAAAGAGGAUGGCGAUAGAAAGCCUUGAAAUUUCUAUACUGAAUAAAGCAUUUAUCGCGUCUCCCAAAAUGAAGAGGCAACGAUUACCAGUGUGGCCACAAAAAAGCCAAAGACUGGGAAGA